UGUUAUGGGACCCAUGGGAGAACCUGAAUGACACCUGAAGGAGUCACAAAGCUGCAGUGUGGAUGCUGCAUUUGGGAGGAGGUGCGGCAAAAGUAGAUGAGGAAGACGAUGAGAGCGCUGUUGUUCCGUCAAAUCUCUCCGUGUCUAACCCAGCAGUCAGUCACUCAGCCAGUCUGUGUGUAUUGUUGAAAACGGCAGCGUCGGGCUACAAUCCGCACAAUUUCUCCGUCCCAUCACCCAGAAACUCAUCAGCAAACUUUUGGGAUUGUUUGAUUUUAUGAGUGGAGGAAAGCGGCGAGGGAAUGGAGAAGCACAAAGUGCUGGACCAGCUCCUGAUGGAGCUCCACCGCUUCCUGCUCAUCCUGGAUAAGGAGACCCUGAGUGGGAACGCCACCAUCCAGAAGGGCUUGCUCUCUGAUCUCCUCCGGUCCUACAGUUCCUCCAAUGGUGCUGAUGAAGAGUAUAUCUACAUGAACAAAGUCAUUGAUGACAGAUCAGAUGCCCUGUUCAAUGGAAAAUCAGCAAAAUAUGUCCCUGUCCCAAAGAAGAGCCUCCCUGACUUGCCGCCCCCCAGAGCAGGUGUGGUGAGUCGAGAGCCGUUCCCCUUACCUCCAGUUCCUGCUCCCGCCUGUUUAGACCCUUCAGAGAGCUACUAUGAGGAGGCUCAGCCCUACGAGGAAACUUUCAAUGAUGACGGGGAUGCAGUUAGCAGCUCGUACGAGUCCUACGAUGAGGAAGAGGUGACCAGAGGAAAGUCAGAAUCAGCGCAGCACCAGUGGCCGUCAGCGGAGGCGUCCAUUGAGCUGAUGAAGGACGCUCGGAUCUGCGCCUUCCUGUGGAGGAAGAAGUGGCUCGGACAGUGGGCCAAACAGCUGUGUGUCAUCAAAGACCAUCGCCUGCAGUGCUAUAAGAGCUCCAAGGAGCAGACGCCUCUCCUGGAUGUGAGUCUGCUGGGCUGCAGUGUGGUCUACAAGGAGAAACAGAUGAAGAGGAAAGAGCACAAAUUAAAAAUCGUUCCAGUUGGAGGGGAGGCCAUCGUGCUCGGCCUGCAGAGCAAGGAGCAGACGGAGCAGUGGCUGAAGGUGAUACAGGAGAUCAGUCCCAAGCCAGCUGAAAACUGUGACGCACAGCACUCACAGUCUGACUCCCCAAGGCUCAUUUGUACAAAGGGAGAACUGAGUGAGAGAUACUCAGUGGCUUCAGAGAGUGGAAGCAGCACUGACAGCCAUGCUGACACUCCCGAAAACAAAGAUGUGAAAAGAAAAUAUGGAGCAGGGUUGAAGUUUAGCAACCUCAUGAACAUUGGCAAGAAAAAACCCUCUUCGUUGGAGAGCCCAGAGAAAUGUGUGGACACCUCAGGCUACCUCAACGUGCUGGUGAACAGCCAAUGGCGGACCUGCUGGUGUCUUGUAAAGAAGGGGCAGCUAUGGUUUUACCAUGACAAGAGCAAGAACAAAGUGAGCCAGCCAGCAGUGAGUCUGGGGGGCUGCAGGGUCCUGCCCGACCCCAUCCCCGAGCACCUGUACUCCUUCAGGAUCAAUAUGGAUGGCAGUCAGCUGGCCACCCUGGAGGCUAAAACGUCCGCAGACAUGGGCCACUGGCUGGGCCUCCUGCUGUCCCAGACGGGGGGCAAGACGGACCCCGAGGAGCUGACAUACGACUACGUUAACGCUGAGAGGAUCUCCAGCAUCGUCAACGCUGCCAAGACUUCCUUAUACUUCAUGCAGAGGAGGUAUUCAGAGCCAAACAACUACAUAGACACCCCCCCCUCCAUGCCUCACAACUCUGAUGAACUGUAUGAUGAUGUGGCGUCUAUAGCUGAUCCAGAGGAUGCUGAUGAGUAUGUCCUGCCAGAGAGUGAGGACAACAAUCCUCAGGAACAAUUUGAGACAUGCACACAGGACAGCAAGGACUCAGAGGGAACAGAGCAGGACCCUGACAACAGGAUUUACCUGGACCUGGUCCCUGUACGCUCCUUCCUCCAUACGUCCUGCGCGGGUAAAGCCCCCCCUGCCAAAGAGACUUCUAGAGAGUCCCCAGUCCCAGUAGAGGACCCAGCAUCUCAAAUAAAAGAGGCCAACUCAACUAGCCUCACUGAGCCAGAUUCAUCACCUGUGGUAAAUGGAACAAGUUCGACCUCUAUAACCAGCAAACCAGAACCAGAGCUACCCCAGACUCCCCCUCCACCUCAGCCUCAACCAGUCAAGACCUCGUCCCAGAGCCAGGAGACCCCCAAGAGGAAUAGUGUGGGAAUCUCACAGGCAUUCACCUCCCCUGGGGUUCAGAUCAAUAAAGGUCAAACGGUUUCUACUGGACUCCCUCACAGUCCUGUCCCCCUGCGGCCCAAGGCACAUACCAUAGGGUGUCCCGGUGCAGUGGAAGGGAAACUGGGCAAGAACCGCACAGAGGCAGAUAUGCGGCGCUACAUCGAUGAGCGCGACCGCCUGGAGCGAGAGCGGGAGGAGGUGAGGAGCAGUCUGGGAAACCUGAAGAAGGAGAGGAGGGAAACCAAAGAGGAGCUCAGCGCCUGCCAAGAUCCAAAGCAGCAGGCCUCAUUAGAAGCCCGAUUGAAGCAGAAGGAGGAGGCGUGUCGGGAGGCGGAGAACCGCAGGGUGGAGGUGGAGCUACGGUUGAUGGAAGUAAAGGAAAGUCUGAAGAAGGUGGAGUCAGGGCCGUUCACACUGGGGACCACACUGGACAGCAGCCUCCAGGACUCACCUAUGCCUAAAGCAGCAACCCUGCCUGCUCUACAGUCGACAUCAUCAUCCCCAUCACCUUCAUCCCAACCCUACAACAGCAACACCAGUGCAGACCCAGGAUCCCCAGUCAACUCUGCAUCUGCACUAAAGAGCAGACCUGCUUCCAUCAUGGCCACCAAAGGAAAAGUCCUGCAGAAAGCCAUGGAGUGGGAGAAGAAAUCCACCACCUAGAGGGAAACCUGAUGACCUUUUUGAACUCUCAAAUGCACAAGUUUCUCUUGGUCUAGUCUGCUUUCUGCAACAGGAACCACUGUGUUACCAGACGGUUAAAUCAACAUUCUCCCUACUCCAUCUGGAUUCCUCAUCAACUUCUUGCCAAGACUAUAAAUCAGAGAGCCAAUCAGAGGGAUGUCUUCUCAAACACCACUGGAUAAUCUGAGUUUUAAUGACUUUUUCAUGGUUGUUUUUCUCCAUUUGCUCAAGGGAGGACAUUGAUGAAGUAGCAUUUUGGCCAGUCUAACAAUUGUUCUUGAUGAUGAUGCACGAAUGAAAACAGCCAAACAUUUUUAAACCACUGAGACCCUCUACUUAAUUGGCAAUGUUGUACACUCUAGAUUGUAGCUUGGUUCAUAUAUGCUGUUAGCCAAGAUGUAAAUAUAUUUACGCCAUUAUUCAGCCUAAUUUGGCUUGUAUUGCUAGCUAAAAAUGCACUUUUUAUUCAAAUAAAAAUGUACUGACAACAA